CCCCGCCCAGUUUCCUGUGAAUUAGAACAUCCGCGUUGAUACGGAUAGGGGACUUUCGAGACUGUCACCCUUAAUUUUCACAACGUAGAAAUAAAUAGAUUGAAUGUUUCAUAGGCAGCCAGUGGGAACAAUGUCUGGACAAAACAGUGACCAGUUGCAUCGCUCUACUUUGGGCAUAUAUGCGAGCCUGAUGGAUCAGUUCAACCCAAGUCUACAGAAGUUAGUGUCUUUGGGAAACAGCUACAUGCAGGCUUUCCAAGCUCUUGCUGUGACCAGUGAGGCUUACUUCAGCACCCUUGCUAAGAUAGGGGAGCAGGCCUUCCACACCAUGUCAUCUCGCUCUAUUGGAGAUGUUCUGAUUCAGAUUUCAGAGAACCAGAAGAGUCUCACCACUGAACUGGAAGGAAUAUUCCGCUGGUUCCACACUGAGGUGCUACAGGAGAUGAACAACAAUGUCAGACUGGAUAAGGACUACAUAGCAGGCAGCAGGAGGCGAUAUGAGAUGGAGGUACAGAGCCAGGCCAUAUCUUUGGAGAGGCAGCUGAGGAGAGGAGCUCACCAGGAUGAGUACAUUCACUUCCUGAGGGAGAGUCAGCGCGAGGCUCUGAUGGAGGAAGAAAGGCGAUACCGUUUCCUGGCUGAGAAACACUGUGGUCUCACUCAGUCCAUCAUCUACCUCAUGAACAAGACAGGGGCAGGGGGAAGCCUACAGCAGAUAGCUGAUGGAUGGAGAGACCAGGUCAACGCCACCAGACGACCUGGAUCCCGGAACCCCUCUCACCUGGACCAGGACAACACAUCCAGAACGAGGGAGGAGGACAGGGGGAGCCAAUGGUCAGGCAAAGAGGAGCAGCUUCUAGGAAGAGUGCCCUCCAGAGGCCCGUCACCCCAGAACAUCCGUUCCCGCUCCAGCUCAUUUGGCGAGUCCCUAGGUCUGGGUGGAGGUGGAGGAGGGAGACCUAUGAGAGCUCUGGUAUCCCACCCUGCUAACUCCAGCAACCCCACCCUGCUGCCCUUCUCCCGGGGGGAGGUGGUGAGCGUGCUGGUGCAGGAGCCCCGUAAUGGCUGGCUCUACGGCCGGGCAGAGAGCAGCUCACGCCAGGGCUGGUUCCCAGCGGCCUAUGUGGGGACACUGGAGGAGGCCCCUAGAUCAACUGGCUCCAGUAGCUCCACCCUUAGGUGCGCCCACAGUAUGGACAACCUGCUGGACCAAUCAGCAGGCAGCAGCCACGGUAGACCCCCGCCCCCGCCGCCUCCACCCAAUAGACAGACAGAGAUGCGUCCAAUCACACCCAGCAUGGAUAGAAGGGCGGAGUCUCACUCUGACAAUAAGAGAGAAGAGCGUCAUGGUGGACCUGGGCCAAACCUCUUUCCAAAGGGCACCAACCCUUUCGCCACUGUCAAGCUGAAGCCCACGUCCACCGAUGACAGAUCUGCUCCACGGCUCCGUCGGUGAAGAGGUCACGCCCUUGGGAAGGCAGUAGGGUGGCCUACUACUCUAGUGAAGGACCUGGGUUUGUCAAUUCUAAUCUACCAAUGGGGAUACUUAACCUAAAUGACCCUUAGUGUGUACUCGGCUAUGUGAAUGGCUGACAUGUGAGAGUGUUGAGCUAAUGUAAUAGUCCCAACAAAACAAUGACUUUUAACUUUACUGUUAAAAUAAAAAUGGUAGCUGCUUUUCACAUUGUUUCCAGACAGAAAUUCCUUUAAUCAGACAGAAAUUUUCUAGUUAUUGAGGGCCAAUCGGUAGUGCUGAGCGAUUAACUGAAAUGUAUUGAACAACCAAUUAACCAACGUCGGUUUUUGUGAGUUUCUGUAGAGAGAAAUCCAAUAAUUCACGAGCAAAAUCAAGUCAAGAACUCCUUGGGGAUGCUUGGCUGUAGUAUUAAGCCAAUAAUUAAACUUAAUUCAGCACAGAAAUUUGGUGAUGAACUACAAUGACCAUAAUCCAUUGCGCCUGUACUUCCCGGCUUGGAUGUUAGAUAAGACACACACACAGACCAAAUAGACCGCAUGAUAGGAAUGUACAGAACACAACGAUGAGAGGGAAGGAGACAAUUUGUGAAAGUAUGCCUUACCUUGUUUGAAGAGCUAGUAAAAAUGUUUUUUUUAACAGACUGCUCUGCAACAUUAUUAGACAGGCUGGCCUAGCUAAAUAGGAUGACUAAAGACAGUACGGUAUAUGAAACACAGAAAUACUGUAACGUUAGAUGCUACUACUUGAGCAGAGAUGAGAUGAUGACUUUAAGGAAUGAAACAUGAUAAAGACAUCCGAUAAAAAUGAAGUAAUGUACACAACUGAAAUAUGUUAUCAUUAUGAUAGUAAUUUUCUAUUUUUCAAUGGAUGUCUACCCAAUGUGAACCUUGACAGAGACAAUGGAAUAUUUGAAAUGUUUUAACAGUAUAAUGUUCACUAUUUUUGGUUUUUAAUUUCCAUUAAAAAGCUUUAAAAUCA